AUGGAGAUUUAUCACAAAGACGGAACAUUUCCUAGAUAUUGUGAUGCGGUUCGCAAAUCGCUCGACGAUAAUCAUUUCAACCAAUUCGUCCGGCUGACCAGCAAUGAAGAACGAUUCCGGUUUGUGAGUGGAUUAGGUUCGAUCGUAGACGAGUUGCGGCUGAAACGAGAAUUCAAUGGAAAGGGCAUGGAACAGGCAACCGCAUUAAAAACGCUGGGUAAUAAGGCGUUUCAGGCGGAGCGAUGGAACGAGGCUCUCGUUUUCUACAAUAAGUGCUAUUUGUUCACGCCGCAGGAAAACGUUCAAGAAAAAGCCAUAAUACUGGCGAAUAGAAGUGCCGCUUUGUACCAUCUGGAAAAGUAUGAUCUUGCACUAAGGGAUAUUCAACGUGCCUUAGCUCAUCACUACCCCAAUCAGAUGCUGUACAAACUAACGGAAAGGAAGGCACGCUGCUAUUUGGCGAAAAAGGAUUACGAGGCGGCAUUACAAUGCUUCAAAGCAACGGUGACAGCACUGGAUGAUUCUAAUCUCCCCCUGGAACGUAGACAAAAGUUAGAACGCGACGCUCAGAUCAUGAUUAAUCUGUUGCCCAAGAACAUCGAGUCAGAAAAGAAGAAUAAGAAAAAGACCUCAUCCAAAGCGGACCAACAAGCGGGGUCAGUCGUUAAAAUUCCGGAUCAGUUCCUUGAGAAAGCACUCUGGUUCGAUGAGACAAAAGACGAAGGUCGUUUCGCUCGUACCAAAAGUGAUCUAAAACCAAACACGAUUCUGCUACUAGAACGACCGCACGUGUCAGCUUUACUGGAGGAUUACAGUUUAGAUCACUGUACGCAUUGCUUCAAGCGUGUUUCGGUACCGAUCGCAUGUCCGUUGUGUGCUGAUGUGGUGUUCUGUUCAGACGAGUGCGAGGCAAAAGCGAACGCUUCCUAUCACCGUUACGAGUGCGGUUUCCUUCCAAUUCUGUGGGGUUCCGGUGCAUCCAUCACGUGUCACAUGGCACUGCGCAUGGUCGCGCAAAAGUCAGAGGAUUAUUUCAUUAAAUUGAAGCCGGAAUUAGCGAGAUUGACUAACGAGCAGAUUGAUAAGCUGCCUGUUGAUGACUACCGCAAGGUGUACAAACUGGUUACCCAUGAGUCAACGCGUUCUCCGGAGGAUUUAUUCCAGCGCACGCUUAUGGCGACACUUUUGAAUGCGUGUCUCAUACUAGGUAAUUACGGAAACAGCCCGCAGGAACAAAAUUUCAUCGGCGGUCUGCUGGUGCACAAUCUGCAGUUGCUGCAAUUCAAUGCUCACGAGGUGUCCGAGAUGAUACGCGAAACACCGGCCGAUGUAGGCAAGUCCACUUUCAUUGGUGGUGGUCUCUAUCCUACACUGGCACUGUUCAAUCAUUCUUGUGACCCGGGUGUCACUCGUUACUACCGAGGCAACCAGGUGUGUGUGCGCACAGUAAAAACCAUCGCUGCCGACUCGAUGGUGGCCGAAAACUAUGGCCCACUUUUUACGCAAGUUCGUCGUGAUGAACGACGGGAUACGCUUCUCAAUCAGUACCGAUUUACAUGUCAGUGUAUGCCGUGCAUUGAGAAUUGGCCUCUCUUUACCGAGAUGGACCCGGGAGUUAUCCGAUUCCGUUGUGAUGGAGGCAAGAUCUGCUCGAACGUACUGAUCAUCCCGGCGGAAGUUAACGAUUUCAUGGUAAAGUGCACAGAAUGCGGCGAGCAUACCAACAUCAUGAAGGGGUUAAAAUCGUUGCAAGACACUGAUAUGCUUUUCAAAUCGGCCACCCGUUUGCACGCAGCCGGUGAGUACGAAGCAGCGUUGCGAAACUACAUCGAAAUGAUGGAAACAAUGAGCGAGGUGUUGGUUCCACCGUACCGGGACUACCAUCUCUGUCAGCAGGGACUGCGCGGUUGCAUGUUGGAGUUCGGUAACCGUUACACUAAAGCGGUAGCAAAAAAGUGA